AAGAAUAGCUUAACUACUCCACAUUCUGAAUUCUUGCCGUCGGUCUGAUGUUUACUGAGUGAUUAGCGAAUUUUUUAAUAUUAGGUGAAAACAGCCUGAAAACACAAAUUUUCGUAAAACUCGCUUGUCGGUAGAAUUUUAAAACUUUUCUAAAAACAAAUAUUGCGACGAGACGCAACGUGGUCGAUUACGCAUAGUUCAUCUGUCCUGAAGGCUACCAAUCAUCACUGGAUGCCAGUCCUGGGAUUCGUAGGAAAUCCGAUACAACGUCCGAAGCGUAGAAAAUCAAGGUCUCACUUGACUCUCAAUUUGAAAAGGACACCCUAGGCUAUCAGUCUGUGAAAACAAAUCAAUACAAUCCUAUUGGAAAAGUUUUAUACGCGAGCUAAUUUUCCGAAGAUCCCCUGGAAAACCUGAUCCAGAAAGCUCUUCUGGGAAAAUGUUUGGUUAUGAAAACAUGUCCCCAAGUCUCCUCUUUCGAAUGGUGAAAAUUGAAGUUCUUUAGCUUUUUCCUAUCGAAAGUUAUUCAAAAAACAGUCAUAUAUCAUUCUUUUUUUGGAUGGACAAUAAUCAGGGAAAUUUCAGUGUUACUAGCAGUUAGAGUUUUAUUGCUAGUUAUGUGUUUCGAGAACAAAUUUGCUUCUACUCAAACUAUGCAAGAAUUAUCUAUUUCACGAUAAAUAAUAAUAUUAAUAGAUUUAGAAAACAGACAUAUGUAGAUGUUCUGUGAAUGAAACAAGAAAAGGGUUCUUUGUAAUCAGUUAUUUUUAUUUGAUUUAUUCAGGUAAAUCGAAGCAAAAAUUUUGUUUACAGUGUGCGCUCAUCGAACUGUUUAGUUAUAUGCAAAAAACCAAAUUACCAUAUAUUUCACCAGUGAUGUUCGUAUUCGAAGAAUUAUACUCUACACACAAUUUUAUUGAACAACAAGAUGCCAGUGAAUAUUUAUUACGUCUAUUUCAACAUCUCGAUGUAUCAGUAAUAAAGAAAAUAUUUGAAUUUAAUAUUCGACGAACAAUGACCUGUAAAUUGUGUGAAAAAACAUCUCUAGCUAUUGAAUCUCACAAUAUUUUACCAUUGCCUCUCAACAAAACAUUAGGAAAUUUAACAAAUUUAUUCGAUAAGUUUUAUCAGAUUGAACAUUUUACAGAAGAAAAUGCAUAUCGAUGCCAACACUGUCAGAAAAUUCAAGCGGGUAAAAUACAAUUAUCAUUCGAAACACUGCCAACAGUAUUAAUCAUAUUAUUGAAACGUUUUCGUGCAGAUGGAAAAAACAAGUUAAACUAUUCUAUUCAGUAUAAUGAAAUAUUAGAUUUGAAGAAAUAUUGUUCUAUACCACAAGAUAUUUCUUCUUAUCAGUUAUAUGGUAUAAUAUGUCAUGUCGGGACAAGUUCAAACGUUGGUCAUUAUAUAGCGUAUUACAAAGAUCAAUUAAAUGAUACUUGGUUUAAAGCUAAUGAUCAUCAGAUUACUAAAUAUGAUAUUAAAGAUAUAUUGAAUAAACGACGAAAUAAUGAAUAUAUGUUAUUUUAUGUAUCAUCGUUAAAUAAACUUAAUAUAUCUAAGAAGAAACAUAUAGCAGGUAAGGGUAAAAAACAACUGAUUUUUUUCUAUUCAUAG